GGAAGGGGAGGGGCGGGGGAGGCGCCGGGACGGAGCGAGCCGCUGUCCGCCGCCCCCGCCAUGGCGUACGGUGGCCUGACGGUGCCCAUCAUCGUCAUGAGCGUUUUCUGGGGGGUGGUCGGCGGGGUCCUGCCGUGGCUCAUACCCAAGGGGCCCAACCGCGGUGUUAUCAACACAAUGCUGGUGACAUGUGCUGUUUGCUGCUACCUGUUUUGGCUGAUUGCGAUUCUGGCUCAACUCAACCCUCUCUUUGGGCCACAGUUAAGCAAUGAAACAAUCUGGUAUCUUAAGUAUCACUGGCCUUAAGGAUGUCUGUCCUCUGCUGCAAUUUAUUGACUAGGUAAAGAAGAGAUUUCUUCCAGAUGAAAAACUCCACUGACCCAAAGAUGCCCUUAACAUAGUUGGUUGGAUACCAAGCCUGCAUUAAUGCCUUAACCUUUCCAUUGUGCUUCAAAUGGCUUCUUCAAAGCCCUGUAUUUUUUCCUACUAUACCGUUCAAUGGUGUGCCUAAUGCAAUUUAUGCUUCUCUUCAGUACUGUAAAUUUUUGUCUGUUAACUUCAGAUGUGAUGAAAAUUUCUAAAAUUUUUAUGGAUCAUAGAGUCAGCUUUCCUGUUCAUGUUACUCCAUAGGAACACUGUAUAUAUCUUAUAGGUCUUAGGUUGUCUGUUGCUGUGCUGUUCAAACCUGUUCUGUUUGACUGCACUUGGAAAAAAAUGUGUGCAAUGAACCUGUAUGAGGAAAGGAGAAGCAGUGGUGCCACAUGUUGGUGGCAUUUAUUUUUUAAGAUCAGUUGUAUUCUUGCGAAAUUUGGUCUUAAAUUUCUCAUGCCUGGAAAUAAAACUCAUCCUCUACUUUAUACAAAAUGCUCUCGUGCCAUGUUUAACUGUUACGUGUUUUUCUUUAGUUUUAAUCAGACAACUGUUGGCUAGACUUGAGCUGAGGAAACUUAGAUGAUGUGGAUAAACAGUAAUAAAGUCAUAUAGUGUGAUGAGCAUUCUUGCUGCCUAUAUAAAGACCUCUUGGGUAGUUCUAAACUAGGACUGAAUUUGCUAUCUAAAAUUGCUGAGUGGUCUGCAGGAAGAAGUGAAUGUGUAGCUCGAGCCUCUUCUUGAACUUUCCAUUAUCUGAUGCUAGGGGGACUCAGUAGCAGAAGUAACAUAGUUUGAAUUAAGCGUAAAUAGUAAUUUUGAUAGGACGUUGACUUACUCCCUGGCCUUUUUGGAGGAUACAUACAGUAACAGUCAAUUUGAAUUGAACAGAAAAUGUAGCAAUUGUUUUAUACUGACUUUGGACACUUGCACUUGAAAUUGCAGACCUGAUGAAGCACAUGACAGUGUAGGCCAUAGAUGAAAGAUUGGUGAAGCUCCUCGAUGUCAGCUGAAUCUUUGGGUUGGGAAUGAAUCUAGAAAGUCAUUUGCUAACGAAUAACUUCAAAGACUAUAAAUACUGCUGCAUGCACAGGAGUCUUCAUGUAUACUUUCUUACCUCCUUACAUCGUGUCCAGAUAAAAUGCAAUUAUUCCUUACUGUGUUUUACUGUUUAUUGCGUUUACACUUAAGGACAUAACAGAGUGGUUCAUUUUUUUUCCUUUUGGAUGGCACUGUUAACUUGUUCAGUGGGAUGGUACUCAUUACUAUAAAGGAAUUCUGAGAUCAUGACAAAAUGCUGUAACUUGCAGUGAUCGAAAACUGGACAGCAUGAAUUGCAAAAGAAAUAAGAACACAUCCAUUACUACAAAUAAUCAUAGUGACUAUUGGGACUGGAAUAGUGUUUUUUUUUUCAAGUUACCUACUACUGAGAGCUGUAUUUUAACACGCAAGAAGUUGUACACCACAAUACUAUAUAGUCUGUGGCAAAUACUGACUAAGAAGAUUGGAAACCAAAUGAUCUUACAAAAGUGUAGGUUGUUGGAUCGUUGUUUUUUUUUUAAAGUCUGUGGAGGAUAAUACAUGUUGACAUCGAGAAAAUGCCAGGACGAGGAGAAAUGCUUCAAGACGUCAUUGACAAUUUUGAAUAUGUCACAGUUUUUAAAAUAUAUUGAUCUGCCUGUUGUAUUUACCCUAAAGUGAGACAUCAGAAAACAUCCGGUGACUAAUAGGUAUAUUGGUAUUACCACUCCCUGUAACAAGCUUUCUAUUUUAGGUUCUUAAGCUGUCAUUCAUUGUAGAAGAUACAGAAUUAAAACAGAGUUCACAUGGCA